UAUUGGCUAGUGGAAUCGGGAGUCUGUGUUUAGACAGAGCUCCUCCAACUGACGAAACAUGCGGAAACUCUUUACACUCGCCUUAACCCUGUUUCCAUGGAUCUCAGGGUUCCUCUGCCAGCCGGCGUUCACUGGGGGAGAGCUAUCCGUCAUGGAGGGUCAAUCCCUCACGGUGCCGUGUCAUUACGAGUCUCAGUACGCCGGCCACGUGAAGUACUGGUGCCGGGGGAAGGUGAGAGGGUUCUGCACCAGUUUGGCUCGAACAGAUCCGGCCAUUGCAGCCGCGGGGAAAGUGAGCAUCUCUGACGACCGUGUCCAGCUGGUGUUCACGGUAACCAUGAGCGAUCUGAAGGAGGGCGACUCCGGCUGGUACCUGUGUGGCGUGGAGAUUGGCGGCGCAUGGACCGCCGACGUUGUCACUCAAACGUACAUCAAUGUCAUUCAUGGUAUGUCAGUGGUGAACAGCCGAUUGAGUGGAGAAGAAGGCAGUAGUGUCACAGUUGAAUGCCACUACAGCGAGAAAUACAGAGACAGCGAGAAGAAGUGGUGCCGAAUUGGAGACUGGAGCUCGUGUCUGCUGACCGGGUCGGAGGGGAGCUACGACGAUACCUCAGUGGCCAUCAGAGAUGACAGAACUAGGACUUUCACUGUAACCUUGAAGAAGCUGCAGAUGAAAGACACCGGCUGGUACUGGUGCUGUGCAGGACAGCAUCAGAUGCACGUGCAUGUGAUCGUCACACCGAGACUCUGGACUACUGCAGUGACUGCGACAUCCCCACCUACACAGAGUCAGGCCCUCGCACACCUGCCUCCAUCCGAGCCCAUCACAAAGGACUCCUGGAGAAGUCACAGGCACAUCAUGGAGUCCUUUCUGGUGUGUGCCUCAUUUCUGUUUCUCGUUGGCUUGGCCAUAUUGGUUAGAAAGUUGUGGAAACGGCACAGGCAGGAUCCUUUGCUGAGACAAGUACAAAUGAUAAAAGCUAGGCACAAUGAGUACUCUGGGGAUGUGGGUGACCCGCAAAGCGCUGCUGUCGUUUUUCUUAACAGGGAUUGCGAGGACGCACAUAUGCACUGAGACAGUGCAGGGUUUGUUGUUUCUCUGUACCUGAGUGUUGUUUAUGUCUGUUCGGUUCACUGCACACUGUUGUAUCUUACAUCCUGGCACAUUCAAUGAGGUUUUUCUUCCUGCUGCUUUUUUAUGUAACUGGCUGGAGAUGCUAAAAGUAUACUUGUCCUGUAAGAAUUGAUCAAAUUAUUCCAUUUGAGUUUUUGUCAGAAGCACUGUGACUACCACUAAUUACACAGAGGUCAUGUAUUGUCAUAUUCAUUGUGAGAAUAGUACGAUAUUGUUGGAGUUUACAUGCUAACUGAUAUUUAUUUUCAUAAAUACAAUAGAUUAAUAAAAACAAUGAAUUGGUUAUUUCA